UUUCCAUUCCACUUUUUAGUGUCAGGUCUCGUUCCUUGAGCGAUUUUCUCGCCUUCAACUUCCUUUUCCCUCGAAGACCACGAGUGUGCGGUUUGUUAAACCAGUCUUCAGUCGUCCUGACGAAACAGCACAGCAAAAAUGGUUGCCCAGAAGAAAGCGAAAAAGACCGCGGACAACAUCAAUGCCCGUCUGGCUUUGGCAGUGAAGUCCGGUAAAUAUGUGCUGGGCUACAGACAAACUUUGAAGACCCUGAGGGCAGGCACUGCCAAGCUGGUGAUCAUUGCCAACAACACUCCCCCACUCAGGAAAUCCGAGAUUGAGUACUACGCUAUGUUGGCCAAGACUGGAGUUCACCACUAUGCUGGCAACAACAUUGAGCUCGGCACUGCCUGUGGAAAAUACUUUCGCUGCUGCACCCUGUCCAUCACCAACCCUGGUGACUCCGACAUCAUCCGCAGUAUGCCCACAGAGCAGCAGCCAUCUUCAUAACUUUGAAAUAAAGUUGAUGGUCGUUGAUUAAAUUAAA